AUGUCUCUAGGACGUACAAGAACUCUUACUGCCAAAGGUAUGGCAAAUUUUGAAGAAAAAGUAGAAACCUUUGAGGCAAAGGUGGAGAAAUACUGGAGAGAUGUUGAAACUGUUAUAAAGGAUAACACAAGUUUAAGCUCGGAAUGUGACAAGCUUAAAUUAAAGUCGGUAAAGUUACAAAUUGUUGAGUGUUUCAACAGAUAUGACAGUGUCGUUACAGAAUAUCAGAGAUAUUUAGAGGCGUCAAGAGUUGAGGACAGUAAACAACCAUUGGAUGAAUUGUUAGAGUCAAUGACAGAAAGGAGAACAACAGUGAAUGAAUUUAUUAAUAAGCUCAGAACAUUUAAGUACUAUGACAAAUCGUCAGUGGGCUCAAGGUCAACAGCUAAGUUACAAGCAGCUAAAGCAAGAGCAUCAUUUGCAGAAAAGGAAGCAGAGUUGGAAAGACAGAGAGCAGAAAUCGAGGAACAAGAAGCAAUUUCGGCAGCAGCAGCAUCUCGUAAACGAGCAAAUCUACAGACUGAAUUAAAGCUUUUAGAGCAAAGAAAAGAACUUGCGCUUGUGGAAUCAGAAUACGAAGAUUUAAAUGGAAGUGAUAUUAGUUCUGUACCAGAUGUACCUGUAGUUGAUCCACAGAUCAAAACAGCAGAAUUUGUGCAAAAUUCUUUGAAUAAAUAUAGUUUUAAUCCUAAUGCAGAAAGCUUCAUUCCAAAUAAUACAAGAACAGAUGUAGUUAGUGACUUUACAAAGUUUCUUUUGAGAAAAGACAUUCUUACAUCUAGAUUGUCAGUGUUCUCGGACAAACCCGAGACAUAUCAGUCAUGGAAGUCUACAUUUAAAUCUGUAGUCCAGGAAAUAGGUGCGUCGGUUGUGGAAGAAAUAGAUUUGCUCAUAAAGUGGUUAGGUCAAGGCUCAAAGAAACAAGCUUUAUGUUUGAAAUCAGCAUACAUUGAUAACCCAAAUGAAGGAUUGUGCAGAAUUUGGGAUAGACUUGACGAGAGAUUUGGAUCCCCUGAAAAUACCUACUAUGCGAUAGUCAAGAAAUUGGAAUCAUUUCCAAAACUGACAAUUAAAGACUCGUUCAAGUUGUACGAUCUCUGUGACAUAUUAUCAGAGAUUGAAGGUUUAAAGGAAGACCCUAGAUUCUCAACUACUCUGUCAUAUUUUGAUUCAGCAGUGGGUGUUAUUCCAAUCAUUAGUAAACUGCCACAUAACAUUCAAGAGAAGUGGACAACAAAAGCAACUGAGUAUAAACGGAGAUAUCGAGUACCGUUUCCACCUUUUAGGGUCGUAGCUGAGUUUGUAAGGGAGCAGAGCAAAAUACGGAAUGAUCCUAGUUUCUUCGUUGAAAGUUUUACUCUGAAGAAUACUCCUAGUCAACAGAGUCGUGAACGACGAGAAGUUUCUGUCAGGAAAACAGAAAUAGAAUUGAAGUGUCCAAUUCACAAAUUACCUCAUUCUUUGGAGAAGUGUCGAUUGUUUAAAGCAAUGUCUUUAUCUGAAAAAAGAAAAGUGCUUCGCGAAAAUAAAUUAUGUUUCAAAUGUUUAUCUAGCAAUCACUUAGCUCGCGAUUGUAAAGCAGAGAUAAAGUGUAGUGUUUGUUUGAGUACUUCACAUUGCACCGCAAUGCAUAUAGACUUUCCAACAGAUUCAGCUGCCAGAAAUAACAGUAAGAAAUCAACAGAGUCUGAUGGCGGGGAGAAAGAAACAUUCACUCAACAUGACAAAGAGAACGUUGUUUCAGCUUGUACAGACAUAUGUCAUAAUGCUUCAUUUUCAGGAAAAUCAUGUUCAAAAAUCAUUCUUGCAAAUAUGUAUACUGUUGAUAAUCCUGAUAAUGUUAUCAAAUGUUAUGUAAUUUUAGAUGAACAGAGCAAUAGGUCUCUUGUUAAACCUGAUGUAUUUUCUUUGUUAGAUAUACAGAGUGAUAUGUAUGAAUAUGUACUGAAAUCUUGUUCAGGCACUAUGGUUUGUAGUGGUCGUAGAGCAAACCAGUGUGUAGUUGAAUCACUUGAUGGUUCUGUCCGCUAUAUGUUACCAACUCUGAUAGAGUGUACUGACAUACCGAAUGAUAAACAUGAAAUAUGUACGCCAGAAAAUGCUAGGUGUCAUGAUCAUUUAAAGAAAAUUGCUGAUUGUUUACCAGAAUUUGAUGAAAAUGCUGAUAUUCUUUUGUUAUUAGGUAGAGAUGUUACUGAGGCUCACCAUAUAGUUGAUCAAGUCGUUGGCCAGUCAGGUGCACCAUAUGCCCAAUGUUUAGGUUUGGGCUGGGUUGUUAUUGGAGAAUUAUGUUUAGAUCAGAUUCAUGCUAAAGAUGUUGUAAAUGUGCAUAAAACUUAUAUAUUGAAUGACGGUCGAACAUCUUUGUUUGAACCGUGUCAGUGUUCACCCUUGUCUGUGCAAGACCCCAUUUUUGUCAAAACUCCUGAUGACGAUAAGAUUUCCCUAUCUAUGGAUGAUAGAGAAUUCCUUAGUAUUAUGAAUGAUCAGUUUCAAAAGGCCCCAGAAGGGAAUUGGGUAGCUCCCCUACCUCUUAGAUCAUUACGUCCCAAAUUACCUAACAAUAGAAUUCAGGCAGUUAAAAGAACUAAUACUCUGAUCAAAAGUCUUCAGAAAGACCCUGUUAAGAAACAGCAUUUCUUUGAAUUUAUGAGUAACCUUUUUAGUAAAGGUCAUGCUGAAAGGGCCCCAGACUUGAGUCAUAAUGAGGAGCGUUGGUAUUUACCAAUCUUUGGUGUAUACCACCCCAAAAAACCAAACCAAGUUAGAGUUGUUUUCGACUCGUCAGCAUUGUUUGAAGGUAUUUCCUUGAACUCUGUCCUGUUACAAGGUCCUGACCUCACCAACAGCCUAUUAGGUAUUUUGAUGAGAUUUAGAAAAGAUAAAGUUGCAGUAAUCUGCGACAUUGAACAGAUGUUCUACUCAUUUAGUGUUCUCGAGAAGCAUAGAAACUUGCUUCGCUUUUUAUGGUUUGAAGGAAAUGACCCUUCCCUUCCUUUGGUAGAAUAUCGCAUGUGUAAACAUGUCUUUGGGAACAGCCCUUCCCCUGCAAUAGCUACAUACGGUCUUCAUAAAUCUGUAGAAAGGUCUGAUCAAGAUGUGCAAGACUUUGUGAAAAGAGAAUUUUAUGUAGAUGACGGCUUGUCCUCGCAUACAACAGCUGAUAUUGCUGUUGAUUUGGUUAAACGAACUCAAGUAGAUUUAAGUGCUAGUAGGUUACGAUUACACAAGAUAGCAUCAAAUGACCCUGAGGUUAUGAAAUGUUUUGACCAAGGAGAUUUGGCGAAAGGUUUAAAAGAUCUAGAUCUUGACUGUGGCGAUCUGCCAAGUCAGCGUAGUCUUGGAAUUGUCUGGAAUUUAAGUUCUGAUGACUUUGUUUUUAAAACAGAUAUGUCAGCUCGUCCUAUCACUAAAAGGGGUAUUUUAUCCUCUAUAAAUAGUGUAUUUGACCCACUUGGAUUUUUGGCCCCUGUUAUCUUAGAAGGAAGGUUAAUCCUUAGAGAACUUAUGUGUACUAAAGUUGAUUGGGAUGACAUUGUGCCUACAGAGAUAGCACUGAAAUGGGAGAAUUGGAAGGAGAGGUUAAAAGAUUUAGAGAUGUUCAGUAUUCGUAGGUGUUAUUUUGAAAGGUCACUGAGUGAAAUGUCGAAGGUUGAUUUACAUAUCUUUUCAGAUGCGUCGUUUACUGCCAUCUCAGCUGUUGUGUAUGUUAAGGGAUUUUUAAAGGGAGAUAAUCAUGUAGGAUUUGUUGUUGGGAAAAGCAAACUUGCUCCAGAAAAGGGUCACACUAUACCCAGGCUUGAAUUAUGUGCUGCAGUUUUAGCUGUUGAACUGUAUCAGUCUGUAGCAAGUCAUUUAUGUGUUGAUGUAAACACAGUUAAAUUCUACACAGAUAGUAAGGUUACUUUAGGUUACAUUUGUAAUCAGUCCAAAAGGUUUUUCACGUAUGUUAGUAAUCGUGUCCAUAAGAUUGUUAGUGUAUCUAAUCCUUCACAGUGGAAUUAUGUUCCCUCUGAACACAAUCCUGCUGAUAUUGGUAGCCGAGGUGCCAGUCUUGUUAAGUUACUGAAGAGUUCAUGGUUAUCAGGUCCAAAGUUCUUGCAAAGUGAUGCAAAUGAUUCUAGGCCUGAAAGUUUUCCUCUUGUAAACCCCACUCAAGAUAAAGAAAUUCGCAAAGAGAUUUCUGUUAUGGCUUCAAACGUAAAAGACUUGAAUUUCAGCAUGGGUUUGUUUGAAAAGUUUUCCUCCUGGCUAAGUUUAAUACGUGCAGUUUCUAUAUUAAGACAUAUUGCCAUUUCCUUUCACAGAAGUUUACCAUGUAAAGGAUGGCAUAUCUGCCCACUCUCGAAAACUUUAGCCAAUAAGGAAGAUUCUGUGUCAUGGGUAUUGCUUCAAGUCCAACUUGAGGUAUUUUCAAAGGAAAUUAAGCUUCUUUCUGGAGGAGAAAGUCUUAACAAAGACAGUAACAUUUUAUCCCUUGACCCGGUAUUAAGCAGUGAUGGUUUGUUACAUGUUGGUGGACGUUUGUGCAGAAGUCAGUUGUCUCAAGUAGAAAAGAGUCCUAUUAUCUUGCCCAAAAAGCAUCCUGUAGCUGAAUUAUUGGUAAAACAUUACCAUGAGUCGGUUGUGCAUCAGGGCCGACAGAUUACUGAAGGAGCCCUUAGGUCGGCAGGUUUCUGGAUUAUUGGAGCUAAGCGAUUAGUUUCUUCUGUCAUUCACAAAUGUGUGAUCUGUAAAAAAUUAAGGGGGAAAUUUUUAUGCCAAAAGAUGUCAGACCUACCCAUUGAACGUGUAGUUCAAUCAUCUCCUUUCAGUUAUGUCGGGGUUGAUGUGUUUGGACCGUGGCAGAUUGUUUCAAGACGUACUAGAGGUGGACAAGCUCUUUCAAAACGUUGGGCUGUUUUAUUCACUUGCUUGACUAUUCGGGCAGUGCACAUAGAGGUUAUCGAAGAUUUAUCUUCCUCUGCAUUUACUAACGCCCUUAGGAGAUUUGUUUCUAUACGUGGGAAAGUUAAGGUUUAUAGAUCUGAUCGUGGUACAAAUUUCAUUGGGGCAAUUGAUAACAUUCAAGCCAGUGCAAUUAAUGUUGAAGAUGAACAUGUUCAGAGUUUCUUACAGAAAUCUGGUUCAGUUUGGGAAUUUAAUAGCCCUCAUAGCUCUCAUAUGGGAGGUACUUGGGAGCGCCUCAUAGGUGUUGCUCGCAGAAUACUAGACGCUAUGCUAUUAAAUGUCAAAACUUUGACUCAUGACGUCAUUGUAACUUUAAUGGCAGAGGUAUCAGCUAUUGUAAAUGCCCGUCCAAUUGUUCCAGUGUCUUACGAUCCCGAAGUUCCAGAUAUAUUGAGUCCCUCUGCUUUGUUAACACAGAAGUUAGAAUCUGACCAAUCACCCCUCGGCAAUAUAGAGACUAAAGAUCUAUAUAGAAAUCAGUGGAAACAAGUCCAAUAUUUAGCCAAUCAAUUUUGGUUACGCUGGAGACGAGAAUAUCUCCAAACUCUUCAAGUUAGGCAUAAAUGGGUUCAAGAGCAAGAACCAUUAAAAGUUGAUGACAUUGUAUUACUUAAGGAUGCUGAAGUAGCACGCAACUAUUGGCCUAUGGGAAGAGUUGUACGUACUUUUCCGAGUAAAGACGGUAGAGUCCGCAAAGUUGAAAUUUGUAUUGUGAAAGAAGGAAAGAAAACGGGGAGUGUGUUGUAUCGUCAGUUUUGGGACGAUGUUUUUGAGGACGAUACUAUGAGUCGAUAA